UAAUCUAUCAUUUUUUUUUUCCAAAAACAAAAGGGUUAAAAUAUAUAAUUAAAAUAUAAUAACUUUUAGCAUAAAACAAACACAAAGAUAGAAAUCCUUAAAUAGUCGGUCUAUUUUUCCUUGCCCAAAUUCAAACAGAUCUCGAUUUGACGGCCGAAGUUGAACAAACAAUCGGAAUCGCUGCAAAACCGGUGCCGAAAAUGGCCAGAUCCGCCACCAUACCUUUCAUUUGCAUAAUCCUGUUAACGAUCACCGCCUUCUAUAUGUGUAAUGGAGAAGAAUCAUCCGUCGAUUUCGUCAAGAAGACCGUCUCUUCUCACCCCAUAGUCAUCUUCUCCAAAUCGUACUGCCCAUACUGUAAAAGGGCUAAAGGUGUAUUCAAGGAGUUGAAUAAGAAACCUUAUGUCAUUGAGCUGGAUGAGAGAGAGGAUGGAGCGAAAAUUCAGAAUGCUCUGGGUGAGCUUGUUGGGAGGCGUACUGUUCCACAAGUGUUCAUUAACGGGAAACAUCUUGGAGGUUCAGAUGAUACUAUUGAAGCUUAUGAAAGUGGAGAACUAGCUGAGCUUCUUGGUUAUGUUGAAGUAUGUAGCACAAAGACUUGUUGUUAA